AUGGCAUCAAGUAAUCGUGCUAGAUUACCACUGAUACCAUCUAUUACAACAACAAAAACGACAACUUCAGGUAAUAAUCUGCGGCAUGUAGAGCAACAGCAGCAACAACAACAGCAAUUACAUUCACAAUCGCAUCCAACAAUCAAUUAUCCGCCAACGGUCGAGCAACGCAUCAUUCAGCAAAAGCAAGAUCAUAACUUUAAUGUUCUAAAUACGUUCAGUGAUAAGGAGAGACAAAUUGUUAUUGAUGCAUUAAGUCGUGAUGAGGGUGCACGUCAACGUGAAGCAGCGAGAUUAAUUGAAAUGCAGUCAGCAAAAAGUGAGUGGAUGGACAAUUUUGCGGGCGAUAGACAACGUCGCUCGUCAGUGACGCGAGAAUAUCCAACAAAUGAUGAUGCAAUGAAAAAAAUUAAGCGGUCAUGGACGAUAUCAACUCCUGAUAACGAUGGCGUUCCAGCGAUCAUCACAACCGCUGCCAGUCGCAAUGGAUCUCACUUGAACUACAUGAAGGGACCUGAGCAAGGGAGUUACCCCUCAUUAAUACGAAUGCCUCCCCAGCUGCAGGUCCAAAAGGGCUACAACUCCGAAGAGCUCGUUUACGAGAACAAUCCAACGUCACCGCGUCGUGUCCUGCGUCAAAACACUCUGCCAAAUCCGGAUUCUGGCAUUUACUACCCAAACAACCCUACGUUAGUGCUGCCCGUGUCACCGAAACAAUCGAUCGUUAGUCCGCAAUACAGUCCGUAUCACACGGACAACGAAAACGACGAUGCGGAAAAUUUACAGCCGAGUCCCCCGACAUCGCGAUAUGCGGUGCGACGUCAAUCCACAUUACCAGGCCUCCCGAGCGAAAUGAACAUUGCGUAUUUCUCGACGUCGCCCAAUCGGGCAUACAGUCGAUCGCCCGAAAGACCGGCUCCCUUUGUGAGACAAUCUACAUUCCCGUCGCAAAAUAGUGGCGGCGGCGAACUGUUGCACAUUCCACGUCAGUUGCCCACAUCGCCAAAUCGCUUCGUAAAGUCGCCAGAUGGCGGUGAUGCCGUUGUUCCCGAUGCCUACCCAAAACGACAAAUGAUGAUGCGUCAAGCGACGCUCCCGAAUCCGGAUCAGCAUCACAAGUUGCUGCCGACGUCGCCGCCGCGCCAAUUGUCGCCCGGCUAUCGAAAGGUAUCUCCCGAAUUCGUUAGACAAAACACCUUGCCCAACCCAGAGCCACCUAUUAGUAAUAAUGUAAACUCGUUGUCUGUGCACCAGCAUGGCCCGAAAUUCUUACCGAUAUCGCCACGCGCCAAACAAGCUUUUCUCUUUCCGCAACCCGGUCCCACGCCCCGACCUUUUUUGUCACAACAGCAUUUUCCAAUUGUUUCUGAUGAACCUCAAAAUGAGGUUCGUGAAUUGCAGAGACAACACUCGAAGAUGAUCAAGGUGCGGAGUCACAGCAACGAGGAAUAUUCCGUGAAUAAACAGGCGGUGCCGCCGCAAGAAGGACGUCGAAUGUUGCCGGAAAUUCCGCCAAAUCGAUCGCCAAAAUUAUCGCUGAAACCCAACUUUGCUACAAUGAGUAUAGACACGGCGCCUACGUCACAUCCCACAUUUGCCAUAAUUCGACGUCUUUUUCCGUUGGAUGACGGUAACUCCAUGGCGUUACUCCCAAUUUCAUCCAAUCACAAAAAUCUCUUGACUUGUGGACUCGUUCGUCAAGCGCACGUCAAAGAAGAACUAAUCCGAGCAAACUCCUCCACCGAAAAACGAUCUCCCGUCUUUAAAACCUUCGCCGAAGCCAAGCAACCGCUGCCCCCACAAAUGCUCGACACGAAAAACGGCACCCAGCCAAUGAACGUUGCCAGCAAUUACUUUGAUCCUGCAUCAGCAACAACUGCAACAACAACAACAACGGACGAGCAACCCCUUAACUACGACAGCGGCAUCUCGAAUCCGUAUUACGACGAAUACAAUAACGGCAGCAACGAAAGCAUGAAAGUGGCCGGUUUGCGUUCCGUCGUGCCGCAAAGUAUACGAAAUGCCGAAGCAACUUUCGCCACAGAUCCCACAUCCGAGUACUACUUUCAGCCGCAACGACGUCGCAAAUCACGCGAACUGCCAGUUCCGCCGGAAGCGAUUCCCGCGCAUGUCGUCGAUGAUGCCGAGGGUGCCCGAAAUCACCGAAAACCCGAAACGAUGCGAUCAAUUUCGGAAGAUACGGCCGCGGGUAAUGCGAAAAAUUCCAAAGUUGUGCCACGACGCUCGAUGUCGCACCCGGAAAAGGAAAAGGCGGCAGCUGAAAGUGCGAACGGCAGCACGACAGAUGUCACGAAAAAAGUUCCUAUUAAGACGUCGCUGGCUGAGAUCCUGGAAAAGAAGAAGAAAGAAUCAAUUAGACGGAAAAUUCAGUGCAAAAGUACGGAUCAAAUGGAGUAUUCGGCAUCAUUGACAUCAAUAAAAUCCCAUCAUCCGCACAAUCAGGUCCUUGAAAAACAAGACUCUUCAAAAAGUUUCGAUGGUGUCAUCAAGAAGGUUAUUCUGAAUGAGCAACUGAAGAAGAUCGACAGCCAGGACGAGAACAAGUCACAAUCAAUGGAUGAGCGGAUGUUCGUUGACAACAGCAUACGAAAAGCGAGUAUCGUCAACGACGCUGCCAACGGCGAAAACGGCGAAGGCAUCUUCAAGAAGAUUUCCGUCUCGGAAAAACGCUUAAACGACAAAUCGCUGCGACGUGCCGACGACAAUAAUGUAAGCGACUCGGAGCAUAAAACCACACUUGGUGAAGCAGAAAUUCAAAGUGCUGUCGAAGCGGCUGCCGUCAUAUUCAAAAAGGUCGUGCUCCAAAAGCGCAAUGCGAAAAAGCAACAACAAACGGAUGAAGGUGAACAUCAACGGAACCGGAAACUUUCAUUGUUUAGUGGUUCGGUUAUGACAGACGAGCAGCAGCAGCAGCAAGUACAUGACAAUGAUCUCUAUGGCAGUUGUGGUGAUGAUUAUAAAUUGGUAUUUAUCAGUUCUGACUCGUCGGGUAAAGAAGAGGAGUUGGACGAUGCCAGUUCAACGACAUCUUCGCCAGUAUCUGGGUGUAACAGUAUCUCCAUGGACGAAUGUGACUGGGAUUACUUUGAGCCGGGUGCACCAAAUGCCUCCUUCGUGACAGGUGUCAUUGCUAAUAACAACAAACCGAAAGAUUCGCCUUUUAACUCGCCGCUUUUGACACGACGCGGCCUAAGUGAGUCUCCAACUGUGAAAGAAAGUGAUAGCGAGGAACCCAUUGAAGCGAAAUACAUCAAGUACGAUUCCGACGAUUACCUUUAUGGAGCAAAGAAGAAACGAAAAUCGUGUGUUACGCGGAGAGGAAGUACAUGCAAUUGUGGGACCACAACGCAAUAUGUCCCAAUUCCUGUGCCAGUUCCUAUAAUUGUGCCGCUUAACUCGACUACGGAAAAAAAUCAACAUCUGUUGCUCGAGGAUGCACUUGAUACGGAGAAUAUGCAAAAGGCAAUUCAACAGCAAAUUUAUUUAUGGAAUAAUGCAAAUACUGGUUUGUUGUUGCAGCAGCAACAGCAGCAAAAGCAUAAACAAUACGAACAUAAUAAAAUACACACACGACAUAAUAACUCAUCCAAACGAUUAACAAUUUCACCCACACAAAUGCACCAGCAACACUCAACAAUAAAAAACGAGUGUAAAGAAAAAGAUAUUCAAGAGCAACCCGUACAAACCACAUCAGGUACGGCGUUUCGCAACAAUGAUUCCAUAGUGUACGACGACAGAGUUUUGUAUUACACAAAUACAGAUCUAGUCAGUACCGGCUUGACCGUUGAGCAAAGCACAACUUCCACUAAUUGUUGUACAAAUAAGAAUAAAUUAAGUUUAUUCAUGAGGGAAACAGGUGAACGCCAACAACUAUGUUGCAGCGAUGACGACAAAUACGAAACUAUAAAAAGCCUCGCAAGUGCCGUCGUAAAUGAGACACUCGCCUGUGCAUCCAACAUGAUAAAGAGCGAUAAGUUUAGCAAAAACAGUGUUAUCAGUGAUAAAAUUGAUGAAAAAGAUAAUAAUGGCACAAUCGUAACGCCGAACAAAAAACACCUGAACAAUCAGCGCGAUGAUAAAAGCGUCAACAAUCGCAAUAAUAACGUUGAAAAAGUCGCUGUACGCAACGACGACGUCGAUUGUACGUUAAUGGACAAAAAAGAAGCCAUGCAAGUGGAAACAAUAAAGCAGAAGAACAGAGAGAAUAAUAGUAGUGUUGUUUCGUCCAUUCACGCGACCGGUAGUGACAUUAAUUUAAUUAAACAUUCAAGUCUUGUAGUCGAACAAGAACCGUCUAACGUCACGGACGAAGAAAUGAUUACAAUUAGUAAAAUUAAUACACAAGAACCUGACGAGGGGUACUUGGUGUCUGAGAGCAUCUUUUCGUCGGAUCAAGAAUCAGAAACGGAUUCCGAAACAAGUUUAUGUGACUCGCUCAAGACACCGGUGCAACGAAGUUAUGACAUUAUCGGUACCUCUCUCGCCUCGAAUCUCAUGGAAGACGAAUCUGAUGCGACGUCGCGUAAUAGCUCGGCAAUGGAUCAACGUAGUUCUGAUUCUGGAACAGAUACCGAUGACACUGGUACCGUCGUUGAUCGUCGAAAAUCCAAGAGAUUCACAAAAGUUUUUGUCGUAAACCGCAACGAUGACGUUUCCUCCGACGAUAACAUCACACAAUCUUCCAAUUCCAGUAACGAUGACGAUGAUUCCAGUGAUAAUGACACCGAUAUCGAUCGAGAUUGUGGUAUUGUAUUAAAUUAUAUGAAAAAUUUAUCAGACAAUGAUGAAUUGCCAUCGCAAAAGAUGGAAAGUAAUGUUGUCGUCGUUACUGCGGAAACAGAUGAUACUGCGAUAAAAUUAAAUUAUGUCAAAUCGAUAGCUGAUAAUGAUGAGCUUAUUACUGGAGACAACGUGAUGAAUCAAGAAGAUUCCUUUGUUCGUGAUGAAAAAAUAAUAAUAAAAAAUACUCGCAGUAACAGUACAUUGGCAUCGUCGUUUGAUGUUCAAACAAAACAACUGUUAAUUAGAAGCGAUGCGGAUAAUGAUGAUAAUAACGUGCAGCAAAAUGUAAAGAGUAAUUGUGUAGAGGCGAGCAUUAGUUCUGACCUCCAUGAUCGUUCAUCUGUUGAAAAAACAAAAGUUACUCAAGUGGUGAAUUAUCUAAAAUCACGUGAAAUGGACAACAACAUGGAUUAUAUGAGCCAUAUGGUUAUGCCCUCGAGUCUAGAAAGUUUCACAGACAAACUAGAAAUUUUCGAAGAUAAAACAAUGGACCGAAAAUCCAUCCUCAAAGAUGCAGACGACACGACGUUAUGUUCGAUCGAGUCAUCGAUGUCUGUUGAUAUUAUCAAUGAUGGCGCAGCAACCAGUUUUAUGCAAUCGAAUCAUGCAUUGAAAACCGAAAGUGCAUUUAAUUUAUUAGCAGCAUCGGCAGCAACAUCAACACAGGUUAGCAGAAACUAUGACGUCAACACAAAUACAACCUGCGCCGAAAAUACAGACAGACAACACGAGUUACGCUUUAGUGGUGAUCGUACAUACACUAAACCAGGUGUUUUAAAAUACACGAACGACGACGACGACAACGUGCUUACCUGUGAAAGUUGUAAAGUAACUAACGAAGGUUGCAACACCAACACAUGCAAGAACUUUAUACAAUACAGCGAUAUUUGUACGAAAAGCACACAAGAGAAUACGGAGAACGGAGGGUCCGAUACGAACACGAUCACUACAACAGUGUUAGAUACAAACGAGCUGUCGAGUGUUAAACACGUCUCAGACAAUGUUCCGCAGAAAUUUAACUUAACGACCAACAAUAGUAACAACAAAUAUAAAAGCCUUGUAAUGAUCACGCAAAAUUCACGCAAUAACAAUAAUGGCAAUUUGUCAGGACAAUCUCAAGUGAGUAUUGUCACGUCAGAUACGACGCAUGUCGUGACAGAUCAAGAUGAUACAGUUAUUGUAAAACAUACAAAUUGGGAACCUGGUUCGCCGCCUACGCCCGAUCAAACCAGUCAAAAUACAUUAGCUGGCUACUUUACACUAUCGCUCGAGCAAAAUUGUGAGCCGUAUACGCGUCGCGCAGUAAAAAUAACAUCUAAUAAUAUAACCAAAGAUGAUGAUAGUGCUACUACAACUAUUGAAAAGCAAGAAAAUGAAUGUGAAAAUGGCAAUGCCAAUGUUAGUGCAAAUAAUACGAAAAUUAAUGAAAAUGUAAAUAAUGAUGAGAAUGUAAGUGCAAUAAAUACAACAAAUAAUAAUGAUAAUAGUGAAAUAAUGCAAAAUAUGAGUAGUCUCGAUAAUACAAGCAAUAGUUGUAGUACAAGUGAAAGUAACAAUACCAGUGAAAAUGUUACGGUAGUGACGGGCGCGAAUACUUUGUCUGCGGUUGUUUGCCUCGAAGACGGAUUGGCAGACGAUGAUUCCUGGGUGGAGGAAAUUAGUCAAGACGAGGAAGACUUUGCAACGACGACCGCAACAGAUUCCGACUUGGAUUCGAGUGAGGAAGCCUCCUUAAUGGCUGCUCUCGAUCGUGAGGAAGAAUUGCGCGGAUAUAAUCGCGUGUCCAUUGACUUUACUUUGCACACGAUUAUCGAAGAAAGUUGCGAAGAGAGCGAUAUGGAGAGCAUCACGAAUGAGCGUCGUAAGAAUCGAAUGUCUGCAUCAGAACUCGAAAAAUAUUUCUUCUAUGGUCUAGCUGAGGGACAUUCAGCACCUCAAACAAUUCCAACGCGAGAAGAAUCUCCCUCAGAAACAAGUAGUUUAUGUAGCGAGGGCUUAGACUCGCUAGGACCGACAGAAGAACUCUCAAGCACUCCAAAGAACACAGAAUCUUCAGACAUGGCUUCGUCACGCCUUGAAAAAUAUUUCCUUACUGGCUUUAUGGGAUUCAAGUCCGAGAAUCGCGACUCUGAUGGAAGUGGCAGUGUUGGAAGUGACUCCGAAGGACAUUCGAGUCCUGAGCAACGGCGUAAAAGACUUGUUCGUGCCCGGGGCACAGGACGCUCACAUAGUUCCUCUCUCGAUAACUUACUUGCCAAAGAAGAUGCCGAAAAUAAUCGACAAAGCCAGGAAAAUCUCGUUACGGAAUCAAAUAACUCGUCGGAAACAGAUACGUGUGACGAGAAUACGCUGCACUUUGAGAAAAGUGAAAUGUCAUAUGACACGGCAAAAAGAAAGAAAAAGAUGGCGAAGAAAGUAGAAACGAUGACUGACGAAAGUCAAAUUGUCAGCAGCAAGAAAGAAACAAAUGAAGCGAAUAAAACCGAUGAAGACGAACGAAAAACCCCUCAACAAGACUUCUUACUUCUUCCACCAAAUCUUGUCAAUUCACGAAAACAAACAAGUCGUGACAGUGGUUUCAUAGGCAGCAACGACGAUCUCCUAAAGAGCGAAGAUGUCUUGAAAUCACCAGAACUGAAAAUUGAAUUGGAAGAAAUAGAAGAAGAGAUGAAGUCUGAUAUAAAGGAAAACGAGUCAAAUAGUCCACAAUUAACGAAAGCUCCAAAUUUACCACCUUUAUCCCGUAAAGAUAGUUUUAAUAACUGGAGCUCUGAUGAAGAAACGAACCUUAUGAUGUCCAAAAUGAGACAAUUUUUCAAAACUUUAGUCGCUGCCAGUGCUAAUGCACAUCACAUGGCAAACAGUUCGAGAAAUUCCACACCUGUUCUGAGCGCAACGAGUUCUCCCAAAACAGGAACUCCAGUAGCACGUUUCAAAGCUCGUAACAAGCCACCGCAACUCGUAUAUUUUGAAAGUGAGUUAACGCGUCUUAUGAAAACUGUGCCUGGCAUUCGUGAUGACCAAGUACGUGAGAUUGUCGAAUAUUUGAGUAGCGAAGAUACGUGGUCCGACUCAUAUGAUUCCUCGGAUUACACAAGCUCUGAUUUGGAAAAUGGCGUAAUUUCCGGAAAGAAAAGCGAAUUGCAGGAACAAAUUUCUGCGAGUUGUCAACAAAUCAUCAAUAAAUUUGAGAAUCCAAGUACAACGGUGGGCGACGAGGAAGGCGAUAUCGGUGACGGUGGAUUGUUGAUCGACGAAGCGCACGGCUUGAACAAAGAAACGGCUUUUGUCUAUCAAAAAUUAGUUGCUUCCUUGAGUAAACUCAGCAACAGUAGUGACGAUAAGCCACCGAGUAUUAACAAUUCGCCACCGUUGAUUGCCAAAGUAAUAAAUCACAUUGGCUCACGUCUUGUUGCACUUAUGCAUGAAGUGAGCAGUGGUGAAUCUCUUGCCAGUUCGUCGCCUCGCUCAGCAACGCGUUAUCAUCGGAAAUUACAGCAGAAAAUUUCCGCAACAACGACCGAAGAUGACGACAGCACAUCUGAAAGUAACAACGAUAAAAUUGAUGAGUUUAUGAAUUUGUCUCGGAGUAAAAGUCACGAUUUGCUGUUGGCCGAAUCGAAAGUGCAUCAAUUGAAAUCGAGUACGAGCGACAUUGGUGGCGAGGAACGCGGCGAACAAAGCGACUACGAACGCUUUUCCUGGAGAGGUAGCUUUGAGUCGGCUCUUCUGGCGCCCAAUGAUUCCCGUACGAAAUUAACGACACUCGAAAAUAGUCAAUCGCCUGCGUCAAUUCUUGCCGCUAAACGUCGAUCAGCUGGCGAUCUCUUGUUCAACUACAAAAGCUUGAGUCGCGAGCAACUUGAUCGUGUUCGUAGUUGUGGCAGUAUUGGCGGCGACGAUCUCGAAUCGACAAAAUUGUGGACGGGAUCAAAUCAGCCGCAGACGACACAACGCCGUCGUUCAAGUAUGACAAAUUGUGACACAGAUGAGUCGAGUGACGAUGCAGAAGCGAGAUUAGCAUCACGUUCGACGCUGCCACGUAGUUUGCAACACAAUAUUACGCCAGCUAGCACAAAUUCACUGCCACGAUUGUCUUCCGGCUCGUCAUCCUCCACGAAUAACGUCCAAUCCGCUUCAAGUGGAAUGCAAAAAUCACAAAGUGUGCAUCAAAUCCUGCAAAAUAACGUUAAAAGUGCGCGUUUCCGUGCACCUGGAUUCAAUCGACAAGCAGCACCACCACCAACCGCACCAAAAAGAGCAAUGUCUGCUCCCGGUCUACAACCCAUGUACAUUCAAAGACGUGAUCGACGUAACAAAAUACAGAAUCAAUCGUUAGAAGAGACAGCACCUGCUGACGUGACUUCAUCACCAUUGACUGGGGCACGCAACACCGCACAAAAUGACGUUACAAGUCCCGUGGGUUCCCAAACGUCAGCUACGAGUGAUCCCUGGCCAUCACAGUCCGAUGACGACAUUGAUCGUCUUGUGGCAAUACAUCAAGGCAGACACAAUAGUUUGAGUUCAUUGGGGGUCCGCUCCGAUUCAAUGGCAAGCGUUUAUUCUGGCGCUGGAGAAGGUCGUUACGGAACCGUUAGUGUCAAGGGUCAAAUUGAAUUUGGACUGCAGUACAAUUACAAACAUGCAACGCUCGAAGUCCUAAUCAAGCAAUGUCGAGAUUUGGCGGCAGUCGACACGAAACGCAAUAGAAGUGAUCCGUAUGUGAAGGUUUACCUGCUUCCGGAUAAAUCAAAAAUGGGCAAACGGAAGACAAAAGUAAAGAAACACACGCUGAACCCAGUUUUCGAUGAAACUUUACGUUUUACCAUGUCGCUAAGUAGUUUGGAGUCGCGAACUUUGUGGCUCACCGUUUGGCAUUCCGAUAUGUUUGGUCGAAAUGACUUCCUGGGCGAAGUUUUGAUGCCAUUACAGGGCAAAGUAUUUGACAAUCCCGCUCCUCAGGCGUAUAAUCUGCAAGAAAGAAGUGAACCAUUUGACGACUUACCAGUUUACAAAGGUGAUAUUAUUGUAGGGUUGAAAUUCAUUCCUCCAGAUUCCGGCACAUCGACGCCGCAUUCGACGCCAAAGGGUGGCAGCUUGAAUUUACGCAAAUUUAGUGUCAAAUCCUCGUCAUCGUCUUCGAGCAAUUCGCGAAAUAGCAAGGGAGCGUUGCAUGUUUUGGUGAAGGAGGCGAAGAACUUGUCGGCCGUUAAGGCAAGUGGAACGUGUGAUGCAUUCUGUAAAAGCUACCUUCUUCCCGACAAGAAUCGUAGCAGCAAACAAAAGACAUCCGUAAUAAAACGAUCUACAAAUCCUGUGUGGAGUCAUACUUUCGUUUAUGACGACGUCUCACUACAAGAUUUGUCCGAACGCGCACUUGAAUUAACGAUUUGGGAUCACGAUCGAUUAGCGAGUAACGAAUUUCUCGGCGGAGUCCGAUUUUCAUUGGGAACUGGCAAACACAACGGGAAAUAUGUCGAAUGGAUGGACGCAACUGGCAAGGAAUUGUCACUUUGGCAAAGCAUGUUGAAUCGCCCGAACUUUUGGGUCGAAGGUUGCUUAACACUACGCUCAUCACUAGAUAACGCCCGAGUUGCCACUUAAUAACUACUUUAGUGUGUAGUAAUUUUCGUGUUUUAGAGAUUAUUAGGGGAACACUCUUUUUAUACAACAACAAAAAUAUCAAAAAAUAUUAUAAAAUUACACUUUACCUGAUUUUUCCCCUUUUUUAAAAAAAGAAGAAUUACAUAUUUUGAUGUUUAUCUCUUGUUCUCGUUCUAAUUCUUGCUGAAAAAAAAUCAAAUUUAUAUCAAAAAAUAUAUUUAACAAAUAAAAUAAUAUUAAUAGUGUUAGCAUUCAAAGCAAGAAUAUUAAAAAAAAAGUUUAGAUGUUGUUCAAAAGUUACAUAGAUUUAAAUAAAUAAGUGAAUUCUGCACGAAAUGCAGUAUGGCACCAGAACGAUGCCUAUACACAAAUAAAAUAAAAAAAAAACUAAAAUAUUAUCAAUAUUGUAAAAUUAUAUAAAUAAUAAAAAAAUGAUGCUUGUCCUUGUCAAUUUUUAAGUUAUUCGAACAAAUUUUUAUUUUAGAUUUAAACUUUUGUCUGUGCAUCAGAUGAAUGUUGUGAGAAAAAAAAAUCUUUUUAAAUCACUAAAAAAUACAGACUGUGACUCAAUUAAAAUUUAAGAAUUUCAUCCCAAUCUAAUAAAUAAAAAAAAUAAUUAAUUAAUAAUA